AUGUCAGUUUUCAGUACUUUUGUAUCUCAUAAGGUGCCAAAUAUUACAGUUCAUGGUAUGGAAUAUGGGUUUGGAGCACAUGACUUCCCCAUUAGUGGAGUAUUUGAAGUGGAACCUAAGAGCUGCCCAGGUUUUAUCUACAGAUGUUCUAUUCCACUGGGUCAUAUAAACGUUCCUCUCUCUGAAUUCCGAACAUUUAUUGAGAGUGUGGCUUCUGAGUAUCAUGGGGACACAUAUCAUCUCAUUUCCAAGAAUUGCAACCAUUUUACGGAUGACAUCUCCUGGAGAUUAACAGGCAAAAGGAUCCCUGGAUGGGUGAAUCGGCUAGCCCGGCUAGGUGCUUUCUGCAGUUGCCUGCUUCCUGAAAGCCUUCAAGUCACAACUGUCAAGGAACUGCCUGAAUACCACCAUUCUUACAAAGAAGAUGGGAGUGGUUCUUUGUCACCUGCAACACCUCAUGAGCCAUCAGAAAGUGACGAUGCAGAUCAAGAUAAGCACCUGUUGUCACAACCGGCUGGAAGUGGGGAAGUGGCUUUUAUAAAAGAGGUCCAAAGGUGAACUGAGCUGCUUGUCCUUUUACCAUUUUUUCUGAGAGCAAAAUUGCCACUCACCAAGUCUUCAUUGCUUCCAUGCCUGUUAUGUUUGUUUAAUUUUCUGGAACUUGUUUCUUGCUUCUCCUUGUUUUACCAUGUUCAUUAUUUUCAUCUGUUGGAGUACAAGAAUUCCAGUAUUUGUAGUAGCCGGUUCGUGAUUUGAUGAUUGUACCACUGUUUUGUGUGGAUCUUUC